GUGACCACGCCCAGGUCUGCACCGAGACCUAACGUCCACACAGUCGGCAGUGCCCUCGCGGAAGAGGUCAGUGUGGGGUUCGGUGAGUGAGGGAGGUCCGACGGCAGGACGGCCUGCGGGAAUUUCCUUGACGCUGCAUCCGAAACUGGGAAGAAGGCGGCGAGGAUUGGCCUGCAGUGAUUUCGUCGCAAAGUAUCUGUAACUCGACCCCUUCCGGGCGAGCCUGCGAGUGAUUGCUGUCCGUGGUGCUGAAAACAGAGCGGGCGCCUUGAGGAGGAAACCCGUUGAGGGCAGGACGGUGUUUCUGUUUCCCUUAGCUGUGCUCAGUGUCCUACGCUCCAUGUGUGUGUGAAGGAAGGGCUCAAUUAAAAAAAAAAAAAUCAGUGCUGGACACUCAGGCGGUGAACAAUCAGUAUUAACUAAAUAAGAUUUAGGAAAGCCAGUGCUUCAUUCCAAGAAGGAAUUUUCAUUCCUGUUUUUUUAUUACAUCAUUACAGCUCAAAUUGCAUUCUCCCUUUGGACAGGCACGUUCAGCUCUUGCACCCAACCAUAUUUGCCUUCAGACUCAGUCUUCCAGCAGAAGGCUUAUAAAGGCAGCUUUGAUUAAAGAUGACGUCCCUGUUUGCUCAAGAAAUUCGCCUUUCUAAAAGACAUGAAGAGAUAGUAUCACAAAGAUUAAUAUUACUUCAACAAACGGAGAAUAAACUUGGAGAUCAAAACAAGGAAAAGGCCUCUCAGAUGCAAACAGCUGAGACUGCUUUACAAAGGAACCUUAGUCUUUUAAAGGAUAUAGAAGCGGCAGAGAAGUCUCUACAGACCCAGAAUCAUCCAGUUCCACCGCCUGAGGUGGCUUCUCUUGAGACUCUUUACUGGGCAUCAGUAGAAGAAUAUAUUCCCAAAUGGGAACAGUUUCUUUUAGGAAGAGCACCAUAUCCUAUUGGUGUUGAAAAUCCAAAUGAAGCAGAAGAUACCAUUCAAAAGGAGGUGCAGCAAUAGCUUCUUCACAUACUAUUUGAAAAACCUAUUUAGGAAAGCUGAGUGUUAAAAAAUAUGCAGAUCACUGCAGGAACUUUAGGAAUCAGACAUGUUCACGUUGUCUCAUUACUUCCUCAAUGACAAUGAAGAUUUGAGAAUAGACUUGGAACUUUCAGGCCAUCACUGCAAGACCUACUACUCUUUCAGUGUCAUGAAUUUGCUUUCUACCAACCCAUGGAAGUGUUAGAAGCUGAUACUGAAAGGUGGACUGUUGAUUAAAUAAGCUGCUGAAUGAGUGUUGUGUGCUGUUAAAAAAAAAAAAAAAAAAAGUCAUUUACUGUCACUAUCACCGAAACAGUGAAUACCAGUAGUUCUGAUUUUACAUAUUCUAUAAUCUUUACUUUUCAGUUAUUUUGUUAUGGGGAUAAGGCUCAGGAUCCAAGUGGUUGUUUGCUCACUCUUUUAGCUUUUGAACAAAUGAAAAGACAGUGACAAUCACUUAGUAUAAUAAUAUUGAUCAGGAAAUAGAUUCAUAGGAUUUUGUCCCUCAUAGAUCACUGGACCUGUAAAAAUUCUCGAAGCAAGAACUAAACUACCAAGCAUUCAAUAAGUAGCCAGUUUCAGGAGGGCUCAGACUGGGUUCUGAAAAAGGACACCUAUUAGAACUGGGAAUGGUCACUGGAUUUUGACCUGGUUAUUUAAAGAUUGCCAACCCUGUGAACACAAGUAACUCUUCUCUCAUCUUUUCAUCUUUAAAUCUACCCUUCCCUGUCCCUUCUAUUUUCUUUAUUUCUCAAACAACUGUCAGUCAGAAACUUUUGGGUCACAACCCUCAAUAGCUUUGGGAUUCCUCAAUCCACCACUGCUGGAGUGCUCAAAAAAAAAUUCUAAUUUUUCUAAUUAUAAAAGCAGCUCCUGCUUAGGAGUCCACAUCACAAUGAAAGAUUUUCAAUUUUAAACUGGUUUGUGGUUUUAUAAGACGACAAUAGACGACUAAAAGACGACUAAAAAAAAAAAAAAAGUCCAUUGUGUUGAUAAGUUCCUUUAAACUACCAUCUUGGAAAUAUCCUGUUGAGUGGGUGUUGGUGUGGGUAACAAUAAUGUUGUUUUCAUAGCAUGUGCUGGCAGAUGAGCACACUUCUCUACAGUGUUAACAGUUGUAAUUAAGGAAUAAACAGCACAGAGUGUCAGUCCGAUGACAAUUUCAUCUAUAGUGUCACAAUACAAAAUGUCACAAAAUAUUAGAACUGUUAUAUAACUAUAAAAAGGAUUGGCUUAAAAGCCAAAAGCCCUUUAAAAAAAGGAAGACAGAGAAAGAAAGAAAAAAGAAAACUGGCAUAGGGACCAGACCGUUUUAUACCUUCUCAAGAAUGUUCUGUCACGAAAAUAAAUUGAUAUAUAUUUUUUUUCCUGUUACAUUACAGUUUGGUUUCUAGCCAUCCAGUUGAUUUAGCAGGAGAAUGCAGGGCUUUUUAGCAGCUUUGAAUUGGUAAACAGAUUUAGAUGUAGUAGAGAGAACAUGAGGAAGUUUUUUUUUUUUUUUUUAA